AUGCUUGGGUACGGUAUAGCGAAGGCAGCAGUUCAUCAACUAACCAAAAGCCUGGCCGCUGAAGGUAGUGGGCUCCCCGCCGGUGUACAUGUGACCGCUAUCCUACCUUUCUGUUCGCUGUAUGCCUUCAGUUUGAUUGCUCUCUCCUUGAUCUUAGGUAUGCUUGGGUACGGUAUAGCGAAGGCAGCAGUUCAUCAACUAACCAAAAGCCUGGCCGCUGAAGGUAGUGGGCUCCCCGCCGGUGUACAUGUGACCGCUAUCCUACCGAUGCAGUGCGAUCAACCCAUUUGCCAGUCCCCUAGUCAACGUUCUGUGUCUAAACCGUCCCCCAGAAAAAUAAACCAAGAUAACCUGUUACUAACCAGGAAAAAUCGGAUCCACGUUUCAUCCUUUACUAUCCGUACUGUGUCGAAUUUGGCAACAGGCAUCUCCUGCUGGAACCUUGCUUCCUCUCUCUCUCUCUCGAUGUAUAUUAUGUCUCCGAAACGCGCAGAUAAGACCCCACUUCUUUCGUGCACCUCCAGCCGUUUAGGAUG